GGGGUGCCAUACAUAUAGCACUAAUCAGCCAAGCUUGUGUCCUGGGCACACAGAUACACACACAGCACCCACACACACUCAGGGGCACUCAGACAGCAACCAACAUGGCCAGUAAGAAAGCAGCAGCCAAGAGAGGCAAGACUGCGCAGAGAGGCUCCUCGAACGUGUUCUCCAUGUUUGAGCAGUCCCAGAUACAGGAGUUCAAGGAGGCCUUUGGCUGCAUUGAUCAGGAUCGAGAUGGUGUCAUUAAAAAACAGGACUUGAAGGAGACCUAUUCACAACUGGGGAAACUGAACGUACCAGAUGAGGAAUUGGAGGCCAUGUUGGCAGAGGGAAAAGGCCCUAUCAACUUCACUGUGUUCCUCACUCUCUUUGGAGAGAAACUCAAUGGAACAGACCCAGAGGAGACAAUCCUUAAUGCCUUCAAACUCUUUGACCCCAAUGGGACAGGAUUUGUCAACAAGGAUGAGUUCAAAAGGCUUCUUAUGAAUCAAGCAGACAAAUUCAACACUGAGGAAGUGGAACAAGCUUUUUCUGUGGCACCAAUUGACGUGAGCGGCAAUAUUGACUACAAGUCUCUUUGUUACAUCAUCACGCAUGGUGACGAGAAGGAGGAGUCAUAA